AUGAAAGGGGGAGGAUUCUAUCAAAACCAAUAUUUAGUUCCAAAUGUUUAUUUUGGGAAUUCAAGUCCUGUCAUAGCACCAAUUGGUGGUAAUGCAUUAAAUAAUAAUAAUAAUAAUAACAAUAAUAAUAAUAACAAUGGUAAUAAUAAUAAUGGAAUAAAUAUAAAUAUAAGUAACUUUCAACACCAACAACAUCAAAUUCAUCAACAACAUUUUGGUGGAUUAUCACCAAACAUGAACCAAAAUCAUAUAAUACAGCAUAUAUCUCAUCAUCAACAUCAACAAGCACAACAAAUUCAAAUCAUUCAAAAUAAUAAUCAACCACAGCCACAACAACAUCAAAUACAACACCAACAACAACAACAACAACAAAUACAGCAACAAAUACAGCAACAACAAAUACAACAACAACAAAUACAACAACAACAAAUACAACAACAACAACAACAACAAAUACAGCAACAACAACAACAAAGUAAAAUGAAUUUUAUACGUGGACAUCAUCAAAGAAAUAGUUCAUUUGAUGAAUUUAGUUUAUCAGAUGUUAGUGUUGGAAGUUUUAAAGAUAUGGGAUGGGAAGAGAUUUAUUUUUGUUAUCAUCAUUUCACACAAAUGGAUGAAGGUAAAGGUUAUUUAAAAUCAUUUCAACAAUUGAUACGAUAUAUCACAGGUCUAUAUCCAGAUAUUUCACCAUCACCUAAUUCACAGUUUUUAUUUUCACUGGGUUUAUUGUAUCCAAAUGCUUUACCUCAAGUUCAAUCACCAAAUAUGAUAUUAUCAUUAACACUUAAACAAAUGAUUGAAACUUAUUCCUAUACAAAAUCAAUGGUCUAUAGUGGUAGUGGUAGUGGUGGUGGUAAUAGUGGUAGUGGUGGUGGUAAUAGUGGAAGUGGAGGUAGUAGUGGUAAUGGUACAAGUGGUUCAGGUGGUUCAAAUAAUGGUUCAACAAUAAUAAUUAAUAAUACUAAUCUUAAUAAUAUUAAUAAUAAUAAUAAUACCAAUAAUAAUAAUACCAAUAAUAUUAAUAUACCUAGUACACCACCAAUUUUACGUAGUUUGGCAAAUGGAGCAAGUUCUACAAAUAUUAAUAUUCGUAAAUUUUCACCACAACAAGCAUGUCAUAUAAUAGAUGUUUUUAACUCUGUUAAAGAUAAUAAAACCGGUGGAGUUUCAACUUUAAAAUUAUCUUUAUUUGGUGCUGAUGCCUCUCUUUUACCUCUUACAACUUUACCUUUUCAUGAAUUUGUUCAAUAUAUAGGUUUAAAUAUUAUACCCUUUGAAAAUCUUUUCAAACCACCACCACCACCAUCAUCACAACUACAAUCCUCACCACCAAUUGAGUCCCAACAUCUUUUCUUAUCUGAAAUUGAUGAAUUAACAAAUAACAACCAAAAUAAUCAAAAUAAUAAUCAACAACAGCAACAAUAUCAACAACAACAACAUCAUCAACAACAACAACAACAAUACCAACAACAACCACAACCACAACCACAACCACAACACCAACCAUUUAUUUAUUUUGAAGAUACAAGUAAUAAUAAUAGUCCAUUGGAUGGCAAUUUUAAUAAUAGUUUUGGUUUAUUUAAUAAUAAUAAUGUAGUUAAUCAUAGUCCACUAGGAAAUAACAUUUUAAAUAAUAUACAACAAUUUAAUAAUCAAAAUAAUAACCAAAAUAAUAAUAAUAAUAAUAAUAAUAAUAAUAAUAAUAAUAAUAAUAAUAAUAAUAAUAAUAAUAAUAAUAAUAAUAAUAAUAAUAAUAAUAAUAAUAAUCACAACAAUAAUAAUCACAAUAAUAAUAAUAAUAAUAAUAAUCAAAAUAAUAUAUUUAAUCAUAAUCAAAAUCAAAAUAAUCAUUUAAUAAAUAAUCAUAGUCCAAAUCAAUAUAAUAAUCAAGGUAAUAUAUUAAAGAAUAGUGGUAGCGUGGUAGAACCACCGUCACAACAACAACAAUAUUUUUCAGAUAUUGAAAUUUCAUUUUCAGAGUUAAAGAUAUCAAGUAAACUUGGAGAAGGAACAUUUGGAGUUGUAUAUAAAGGAUUAUGGAGAGGAAGUUCAGUUGCUAUUAAACAAAUUAAAAUCAAUGAGGAUGUAAACAAUCAAGUAUUGGAGGAGUUUAGAAAAGAAUUGACCAUCCUAUCUAGAUUAAGACAUCCAAAUAUAGUAUUAUUGAUGGCAGCAUGUACUGCACCACCAAAUCUAUGUUUUAUCACUGAAUAUUUACCUGGUGGAUCAUUGUAUGACGCUUUACACUCUAAAAAGAUUAAAAUGAAUAUGCAACUCUACAAGAAAUUGGCCAUUCAAAUCGCUCAAGGUAUGAAUUACCUUCAUCUUAGUGGCGUCAUUCAUCGUGACAUCAAGAGUUUAAAUCUUUUAUUGGAUGAACAUAUGAAUGUCAAGAUUUGUGAUUUCGGUCUAUCAAAACUAAAGAGUAAAUCAACGGAAAUGACAAAAUCCAUUGGUUCCCCAAUUUGGAUGUCUCCAGAGUUAUUGAUGGGUGAGGAUUACACUGAAAAAGUUGAUGUCUAUGCAUUUGGUAUCAUCCUUUGGGAAUUGGGAACUGGUGAAUUACCUUACUCUGGUUUGGAUUCCGUUCAAUUGGCUUUGGCUGUCACUACAAAAUCAUUACGUCCACCAAUUCCAAAUGCUUGGCCUUAUCAAUUAUCUCAUUUAAUUCAAGCUUGUUGGCAUCAAGAUCCUUUAAAACGUCCUUCUUUUACUGAAAUUUUAAAUUUAUUAAAUGAAAUUCCUUAA